AUGUCAUCAGAAAACUCAAUGCUCAUGCAGAGCUACUACCUAUACUCUGCCAUUUUGGCGCUGAAGUUACUAGCCUUAGCUCCACUGGCUCAGAUCGUCUGCAACCCAGAGAAGGUCCAGAGAGCGAAUAUAAGUGACUUGAAGAACUUGACUCCAUUCUGGCUCGUGGCAGGGCUGUAUAUGACGACGUCUCCUGACGAGCAGACAGCGAUUACCCUGCUUCGCCUAUUUGUUGCUGCGAGGUUUGUGGCCGCAGUGGGCUAUGUGCAAAGCAUGCCGCGGAUGGCGGUGGAAAUGGCGUUCUUCGUUUCGUUUGCAGUCACCAGCUUUAUGGGCGGUUGG